GACCCCAAGCCCAAGCUCUAUCCUCCCUUCCCUUCCCUUCAUCCUCUUCCGUUCCGGCAGCCGCCCCAAACCCUACCGGAUUCAUACGGAGUAGAUCUGGUUUGGUUGGUUUCUACUAGGGCUGAAUAGGAUGGCCGAGUCCAGGACGGGGGAGAACGACGUGUACGAGGAUGAGCUGCUCGACUACGAGGAGGACGACGACAAGGUGGUCCUCGAAGCCUCCGCUGCCAAGCCCGCCGCCGACGCCAAGAAGGGCUACGUCGGCAUCCACAGCUCCGGAUUCCGCGACUUCCUCCUCAAGCCCGAGCUGCUACGGGCCAUCCAGGACUGCGGAUUCGAGCACCCUUCCGAAGGUAUACUUUCUUCCCGUUGGAGGGAAAUAUGGUAAAACUUUCCAUUUACCAGGGACCAACUUUUUACUCACUGGGGUGCUGCUCCGAUUUAUUUCGUCCACAUCAGUGCAACAUGAGUGCAUCCCUCAAGCAAUCCUCGGAAUGGAUGUCAUCUGCCAAGCAAAAUCCGGGAUGGGCAAGACUGCUGUCUUUGUCCUGUCUUCUCUCCAGCAGAUCGAUCCUACUGCUGGUCAGGUGGCAGCACUUGUAUUGUGCCACACCAGAGAGCUGGCUUACCAGAUUUGCAGCGAGUUCGAGAGGUUCAGCAGAUUUCUGCCUGAAUUAAAGGUUGCUGUAUUCUAUGGAGGUGUUCACAUCAAGAAACACAAGGAUUUGCUCAAGAAUGACUGCCCCCAUAUUGUGGUGGGCACACCCGGAAGGAUUCUAGCUCUAGCUAGAGACAAGGACCUUUCUUUGAAGAAUGUCAGGCAUUUCAUUCUUGACGAGUGUGACAAGAUGCUUGAGUCACUGGACAUGAGGAGGGAUGUCCAGGAGAUCUUCAAGAUGACACCUCAUGAUAAGCAGGUCAUGAUGUUUUCGGCAACUCUCAGCAAGGAGAUCCGUCCGAUUUGCAAGAAAUUUAUGCAAGAUCCGAUGGAAAUUUAUGUUGACGAUGAGGCGAAGCUGACCCUUCACGGUCUAGUUCAGCACUAUAUAAAAUUGACUGAGUCGGAGAAGAACAGAAAAUUGAACGAUCUCUUGGAUGCCCUUGAUUUCAACCAAGUUGUGAUAUUUGUGAAGAGUGUUAGCCGGGCUGCAGAGCUGAACAAGUUGCUGUGUGAAUGCAACUUCCCUUCAAUCUGCAUCCAUUCUGGCAUGACCCAGGAAGAGAGGCUGACCCGAUACAAGAACUUCAAGGAAGGGCACAAGAGGAUUCUUGUGGCGACGGAUCUGGUUGGCAGAGGAAUCGACAUUGAGCGUGUGAACAUUGUGAUAAACUAUGACAUGCCUGAUUCAGCUGAUACCUACUUGCACAGGGUUGGAAGAGCUGGGCGUUUUGGCACCAAGGGGCUUGCCAUAACUUUUGUUUCGUCGGCCUCGGACUCGGACGUUCUUAACCAAGUGCAAGAACGGUUUGAGGUGGACAUCAAGGAGCUGCCUGAGCAGAUUGACACUUCAACAUACAUGCCGUCGUAGACGACCACCCCCGGACAUUGCAAGGAGGACGGAAGGAGAAGAUGGAAGAUGGAGUCCUUGAAUGUUUGGUUGAAGUGAUGGUUGUUUUUUUUGCUUGCCUGCCUGCCCUGCUGCUAGGGAGGCAUCAGCAGCAGCUGUACCCUAUUUAAUCCGAGAGAGAAGUUUGUUUUGUUAAUUAGGCCAAAUGAAAUGAUUUAACUUGAGCUAGAAUUGGAUGGAUGAAUGUAUCAUGGUUUGCUUUGAAUUUUUAAAAGAUCAUGAUUAGUAGAUAGGACCAUGAUUAUUACAUUAUAUCAUAUGGGGCCUGUUACGUGA